CUUUACUUGUUCUGUUGUUAUGGUGACUGUGACGUUCUGCGUUUGACUGUUCCUGUGUGGUCAGCGCGCACUUACGCUCUUCUGCGUCUGAGUGAGAGAGAGGGAGAGAGAGACUAUUAUAUACUGCGUCUCAGUUAUGAAUGACAACUCACUAACACUGAGGAAUACUACAUAGGGGAUACACAUAAACACACCUUCUCGUUAAACGGGCCUAAUGUUGCUCAAGCAUGCCACUGGCGCGCAGUUUGUCGGUCACCUCCCUGUCCGGCCUGGAGGAAUGGGACGAAGAGUUCGAUCGGGAGGAUGCAGUCCUGUUCGAGAUCGCAUGGGAGGUCGCUAACAAAGUUGGUGGCAUUUACACGGUGAUCCAGACCAAGGCGCGUCUGACCUGCGAGGAAUGGGGCGAGAACUACUUUCUGGUGGGCCCGUAUAUGGAGUCCAAUGUCAGGACACAAGUGGAGCUGAUCGAACCCUGCAAUGCGGCACUCAGGAGAACCAUCGAUAAAAUGAACAGCAGUGGGUGCAAGGUAUAUUUUGGUCGAUGGCUGAUUGAAGGCUCUCCAUAUGUGAUUCUGCUAGACGUGGGCUUCACGGCCUGGUCUCUGGACCGCUGGAAGAGUGAACUCUGGGAGAAUUGCAGUAUUGGUGUGCCCUGGUUCGACAGAGAGGCUAACGAUGCUGUUCUCUUUGGCUUCCUCACUGCAUGGCUACUGGGAGAGUAUGCAGCUCAGUGUGACGAACCACCUCACAUCGUAGCACAUUUUCAUGAGUGGCUGGCAGGUUUGGGGCUCGUCUUAUGCAGGCAGCGUCAGUUACCUGUAGCAACCAUCUUCACCACACACGCUACACUGCUCGGCCGAUACCUGUGUGCUGGGAACGUUGACUUCUACAAUAAGCUCGCUGAGUUUAAUGUGGAUAAAGAGGCAGGUGACAGGCAGAUCUAUCACCGGUACUGUCUGGAGCGCGCAGCUGCCCGCUGUGCACACGUCUUCACCACCGUCUCUCAGAUCACCGCCAUUGAGGCCGAGCACUUACUAAGGCGGAAACCAGAUAUUGUGACUCCAAACGGCCUGAAUGUGAAGAAGUUCUCAGCUAUGCACGAGUUCCAGAACCUCCACGCUCAGAGUAAAGCGCGCAUCCAGGAGUUUGUCAGAGGCCAUUUCUACGGGCAUUUAGAUUUUAACCUUGACAAGACAGUGUUUCUCUUCAUUGCUGGACGCUAUGAAUUUUCAAAUAAAGGAGCUGAUAUCUUUCUUGAAGCAUUGGCCAGACUUAAUUACCUGCUGAGGGUGAAUCACAGCGAUGUGACCGUAAUAGCAUUCUUCAUCAUGCCUGCUCGUACCAACAACUUCAACGUGGAGACCCUGAAGGGCCAAGCCGUACGGAAACAGCUCUGGGACACUGCUCAGUCUGUGAAGGAGCGCUUUGGGAAGAAACUCUACGAAUCACUUUUAGUAGGGCAGCUGCCUGAUGUGUCUAAGAUGUUAGAUAAAGAGGACUUCACCAUGAUGAAACGUGCCAUCUUCGCCACCCAGCGCCAGUGCCUGCCCCCCGUCUGCACUCACAACAUGCUGGAGGACAGCAGUGACUCCAUCCUCAACUGCAUCCGCCGUAUUGGCCUCUUUAAUACUGCUCAGGACCGAGUCAAGGUGAUCUUCCAUCCAGAGUUUCUCUCCUCCACUUCUCCUCUCCUGCCAAUGGACUAUGAGGAGUUUGUGAGAGGCUGCCAUCUUGGAGUAUUUCCAUCCUACUAUGAGCCCUGGGGAUACACACCUGCUGAGUGUACAGUGAUGGGUAUCCCAUCGAUCUCCACUAACCUGUCUGGGUUUGGCUGUUUCAUGGAGGAGCACAUUGCUGACCCGUCAGCUUAUGGUAUCUAUAUUUUGGAUCGGCGGUACCGUGGGGUGGAUGAGUCCUGCAAUCAGCUGACGUCUUUCCUGUUUCAGUUCUGUCAGCAGAGCCGCAGGCAGAGGAUCAUUCAGAGGAACCGAACAGAGCGCCUCAGUGACCUGCUAGAUUGGAGAUAUUUGGGCAGGUAUUACAUAUCUGCCCGCCAUAUGGCUUUAGCAAAAGCUUUCCCGGACACAUUCAUCUAUGAGCCUCAAGAACCCACUUCGGCCACAGGCUUCCGUUACCCGCGGCCCGCCUCAGUGCCCCCGUCUCCCGCCCACUCGCUUCACUCAUCUCCUCAUCACAGUGAAGCUGAGGAUGAAGAGGAACUAUAUGAUGAAGAUCUGGAGGCGGAGAAAGACCGGGUCAACAUCCGCCAACCUUUCAACAUGCCGAACCGGAACAAGAAUCAAAUAGUUGGUCUUCCUGAGAAAAACUAAACACACCCCUCCAUACAUACCUACACACUCUGUAGCUUAUACUGUGAGGCACUUAUAUACACUGUGACACACACACACACACACACACACACACACACAUAAACACUCCCCUAAAAGUGAACGUAAAGCCUGCAAACAGUAUGUCUGCAUGUUGGUUUUCUGAAGAGAAAUAAAUAAGAUAUUUAAGUAUUUGGUGAGCCAUAGUAUGUGAUUCUAAGACUUUGUCGAAAGAUUUCUCUGGUGUCUUUCAUAUGAAGCAUAGUUAAAAACAACAACAGAGAGCAAAGGAUUAAAUAGUAACUAGAGUUAUUCAUAUGAAAAUUCAUAUGGAUUCCUACCAAAUUGUCAUCUAGCUGUGUGCCAGUUCAAAUGGCCACUGUUAAAAGACAAUACAAAUAAAUGUGAAAUGAUAAAAAUAAACGUUACGAACAUUUAUUUUUAAGGAGCCCUUUAUUAGAAACUCUUUACAGGAAUAGUUUAAGAAAAAAUCAUUUAUACACACUUUAAAAGAGCUGUAUGAUUUUGUUCUUCCAUGGAACACAAAAGAAGAGGUUUUGAAGAAUGCUCAUGUUAUAUUUCUAUAUACAAAAUCAAAACAGAGGGUGUUCAGGGCCAAAAAAAAUUCUAAUACGAAUAUCAUACAAAUAGUCCUUUUUCAAUAGGAAAGGAUGAGGAAUACGGAAAACACAUGAAAAAAUUUCGGACUCGGUGUGCAAUGAACUUAAGUCUUCUAAAGUCAUGCAGUAUCUAUAUAUGAAGAACAGACCCAAAUUUAAGCUAUUUACUUUAAAUCAUGGUUCUACAGUCACUUUCACUGUGUACAUUUCAAAGAGCUAAACUUUGUGUUUCACGAAAGCAAGAAAUUUAUACAACUUUUAAAAGACUUUAGAUUGCAUAAAUGACAGAAUGUACUGUGUUCUGAAAACAUUCUUACAACGUUUCACUCACUGCCAGAUUUCCCUUCACAGUAUUAUGUACUGUCACAAACAUAGUGACUAUCCAGCACUUUUCUAGGGUUAUUGUUUUUUUAAACGGUUUAAGUUAAAUGACAAGCAAUUGAUGUAGCUGAAGUUAACCAGCCAGACAAAUACACUGGAACAUCAUUGGUACUGUAAUACAAAUAUACACCAGCACUGUUAGAGUUUGUCAUGUCUGUCACAGCUGUAAAACCGAAAUUAAAGUCUACAACAUUAUUAACAUGA